ACCUUUUCAUGUGUUUGGAAAAAACCUACAUAAUUAAAAAACGUUUAUUAAAAAAUUAAAAAUUAUUCAGGAUAGAAAGAUAAUUCCCAUAUUAAACUCAAUGCUUCCUUAUGAAGUAGCUCCGUCCGUUGGGAUUCAUUACACUUGUUUGGAUGGGCGAGUGCAGACACCACUCAUACCACACUUUCUCUUCAUUAUCCACCCUCCAGAAAGACACCUCGAUAAUUCCAUCCUCUCCAAUGUGAACCGGCUCUUGGAGAGGAAAUACGAUUGGAAACCAGCUGACCAUGUCUGGAGUAUGUGUCUCUGGAUGGAUGCUCAGCAUUACGUCUUUGUAGAGGACUGUGUCGAAAUAGCCUACAAAGCCCGUAAGCACGCAGGGCUGCUCGCAUCGGAAGCGGAGUAUCUAUUUAGUACAAGUAACAUGGAAAACAAUAAAAAUGAGAAGAAAAAUAAUUCGAAAAAACGAUUAAAACAGAAAAGUAUAGCUUAUAAAAGGCAUCGUGAAAAUGCUAAUGCAAGGAAAAGCAAGUUUUUAGAUAACAUGACACCUGAACAAAAAGAGAUGAAAAGACUGAAAGAUAGGGAAUAUAACCAAAGAAAGAAAGCUGAGAAGAAAGUUAAGACUGGUAAUUUAGACGUGCAACUCAAUAUCUAG